AUGUCUACCGAUUACAAGUUCCAGGGAUGGUUGGGCCUCGACUCCGAAGCCGCCAAUGGCAAGAUGGUUUGGCAAGAGUUUGAACCUAAGCCUUUCGAAGAGACAGAUGUCGAUAUCAAAAUCACUCACUGUGGUAUUUGCGGUUCUGAUAUUCACACUUUGAGAUCCGGAUGGGGUGCAUCUGAUUACCCAGUCUGCGUCGGCCACGAAAUUGUUGGAAAGGCUGUCAGAGUUGGAUCCAAGGUGAAGGAUAUUAAACUUGGAGAUCGUGUUGGUGUUGGUGCUCAAAGUGGUUCUUGUAUGAACCAAAAGGGUGAUUGUGAAGCUUGUGCUGAUGGUCAACAACAAUACUGCGCUCACAUGACCGCUACUUAUAACAGCAAAUGGGCUGACGGAAGCAAAUCUUACGGAGGUUAUGCUGAUUACUGGCGUGGAAGUGGUGAUUUCGUAAUUAAGAUUCCGGAUUCAAUCCCAUCUGAUAUUGCGGCUCCUAUGCUUUGUGGUGGUAUCACAGCUUUCUCACCACUUGCCCAAAAUGGUGCUGGACCAGGAAAGAAGGUCGCAAUUGUUGGAAUUGGUGGUCUUGGACAUUUCGGUAUCAUGAGUGCAAAAGCUUUAGGUUGUGAUGAAAUCACCGCGAUCUCUAGAACCUCGGCCAAGAAGGAAGAUGCAUUCAAGAUGGGUGCUACUAGAUUCAUUGCUACCGAUGAAGAACCAGAUUGGGCCACAAAAUACGGAAAUUCUCUCGACCUUAUCGUCAGCACUGUUUCCUCACCAAAACUCCCACUUCAAAGCUACCUUACCCUUCUCAGAUAUCAGGGUAAAUUCAUCCAAGUCGGUGCUCCUGAAGACACUAUUCCUGGAUUCAACAUGUUCUCCCUCAUCCUUAAGAAGCUUUCCAUCGGUGCUUCGCUCAUUGGUCCCCCACAUGAGAUUAAGGAUAUGUUGGCACUCUUCGCUGAGAAGGGUGUUAAGACAUGGAACAACAAUGUCCCAAUGAAGGAUGCUAACCAAGCUAUUGUUGACAUGGAGGAUGGUAAAGCAAGAUAUAGAUAUGUCUUGGUUAAUGAGAAGCAUAUCGACGCUUAA